AUGCACUACAUCCGACUCUUGCGACCACCCAAGGUCAUUCGCCAGGCCGGCCUCCAUCUUGAGCUGGUGCUCACCGUCACUACCGAUCUCGGAGACUCGUUUCUUUACCCAGAUGUGCCGAUUGAUCUGCACAUCGUGGCCGAGAUUCACGGGUCUCCCAACGUAUCGAGGCUGAAACUGACCGAGAAAGGCCAAGUUACGUGGCGGCCUGGCUUGCGAGUGUCGAAGCAAAAGAUUGCGCUCCCCAGACCGGUGCAGGCUGCUCUGGCAUCCGGAGCCAGGGUUGACGUUUGCGUGGCCGCGAGCAGUGACCUAUCCGCAGAGGGCGCCCGUGACAUCCUCUUCCGAUGUGAAAUAGGCGAAGGCAACGGGCAGGUCAUGCCCGUCUGGGCGUCGCUGAGCAGCUCGGACGAAGGCGUGGACGUGUCAACGCGACGAAUCGUGCUAGACGACGUGGGCGCCGGCAAGUAUCUUGUCGAGGUAGAGGAAGAGAUUGGCGAGAGCAUAGCCCGGCACAUCUGGGACGCGGGCGUGGUGGCCAUGUGCUCCGUUGCCGGCGCUUACCUGUGUCCUGGUCUUGACUGCAGCCAACAGUCGCUUCCUAAUGCCAUCAGAACCACCCUUUCCUCCAAGAGCUCCCUGAACAUCCUCGAGCUCGGAUGCGGCGUCGGGAUUCUAGGCAUCGGACUUGCCACGCUGUUUCCUGAACUGCGAAAGGAGGGCCUGGAGAAGUGCACGGUCAUGAUGACAGAUCUGGAAGAGGCCGAGGAGAGAGCCAAGUCAAACAUGCGGCGAAUAGCCAGAAGCGGCGCAUCAAACCACGGCAUCUCGUUGCUGUACGAAAACCUUGAUUGGGAGGAUGGGAGGAAAGGGACGUUUGGUCCGGAAGUCGCCUCCCGCUACUGGGAUCUCGUCAUCAUCAGCGACUGCACCUACAACGUCGAUAUGCUCCCGGCGCUCGUGGAAACUCUGGGUGCUCUGGAGAGCUCAAGCGCAUCGCGGCAGGAGAGCGAUGCAGCUGGGACCGAAGUCUUCCUUGCUACGAAGCCACGGCAUGCAUCGGAGCGCGCCUUCUUUGAUCUCAUGGCAAACGAACGGUGGUCUAUUCAAGAUAGCCAAACACUGAACUUGCCUGUCUUGGGCAGUGAGGAAGAGUCGAUCGAGCUGUAUUUAUUCCAAAGACGGUAG